UCGAUUUGUUUCCGGACCCUAGAGAAUCCUUCUGCUUUGUUCCUUGCCCCAGCAUGACAUAUCGUCUCAACAGUCAGACGAACAAACUGAAUCGACCGGAACUUGAGUUGUCGUUACACUGCAGAAACUAAGCCACCGGAGCUCCGCGACGCCGCGGUGUCACACUGACCCACAGUCUCUUCUCGCUUAGGGCAACGUUCGUCAUGUCAUUCCCCAGUAUUGAAGCAAGGAACAACCUGAGUUUCUUCUGAAUCCGCGGUUGAAGCUUCGACUCUCAUUAGAGAAUUUCGUCUUAAAAGAGAGGAAUGGGGUCUUGCAAAGGAAAAAUCAAGCGGGAACAUUCUCAUCUUACAGAAAAUUGGGAAUUUCCUCAAUAUGAUACUAGAUUGAUGAGGCGAUUAAAGAGAAGGUCCAUUGCCAGCGAGACGAUGGUACACAAUUACAUUGCCAAUGCUACAAAGAAAAAUGUGGUUAGUUGUGGCUAUGAAGCUGUGAAAAAUACUGAGAAUAGCGGUCAUGUUGUGGAGGAAGAAGUGGAUGAGGAUUACGGAUUCUUUUUAGAUGAACUUGUUUUCCAUGUGGAUGUCGUCGGUGAUAAUAAUGUUAUUGCUUCUGAUAUUGAUGUUAACACAAGCCAUGACAGCAAUAAUGAUGAUGACAUAGAUUCUCAGUAUAAAAUGUUCUUGGAAAAUUUGAGGGAUGAUGAUUCCUCAUACAUAUUAAAAGUCUUUUCUGAUAACCAGUUCUUUUUUGUAAAGUAUGAAGGACAAGAAGAAAGAUUGCACGAUUGGGUCGCUAGUGAAAUUCAGUGUGAGGGUGAUGAUGAAGAUUACCAAAUAUUCCUGAAUUCAUUAAGGAUGGAAGGUGACAAUUUGGUCUUCAUGCCAGAAAGUGCCUUAACAAUAAAAUAUGAGGGAAGUGAAUCAGAAGAAAAGAGUUCAAACGUCAGGCAGAACUUACAAGUUCUCUUUGAGGCAACUGAACUCGCUAGUUCAAGACAAGGUUCAGAUGAUUAUCUUGUGGCCAAGGACAAGUACCACGGUGAAGUGUUCAGAGAUGUUGUCGAUGGAGACUGGCAAGUAUUUCUGAACUGUGUGGUUAGGCAUAACUCAGAAGAAAAAGGCUCAUCAGUUAAGAAGAAUUUACAAGCUCCUUUUGCGGCAACUGAACACCCUAAUUCAAGACCAGGUUCAGAUGAUUGCCAGGUGGCCUGGGACAAAUGCAAUAGUGAAGUGUUGAGAGGUGUUGUGGAUGAAGACUGGCAAGUAUUUCUGAAUUCUGUGGUUAGGAAGAAUUUCGAAGAAAAAAGUUCAGCAGUUAGGAAGAAUUUACAAGUUUCCAAUGAGGCAACUGAACCCCAUAAAGCAAGAAAUGUUUCGGAUGCUUAUCAUGUGACCAAGCACAGUAAUGAAGUUCAGUGUGGUAUUGAUGAUGAAGACUACCAAUUAUUCCUAAAUUCAUCGAGGAUAGAUGAUGACCAUUUGAUUUGUAUGCCAGAAAGAGCUAUCGUAGUAAAAUAUGGGGGAAGUGAAUCGGAAGAAAGGAGUUCAAAGGUUAAGCAGAACUUACAAGUUCCUUAUGAGGUAACAGAACUCCCUAAUGCCAGACAAUGUUCAGAUGAUUUUUGUGUGGCCAAGAACAAACACCACGGUGAACUGUUGAGUGAUAAUAUUGUGGAUCGAGACUGGCAAGUAUUUCUGAAUUCUUUUCUUAGGCAGAAUACUGAAGAAAAAUGCUCAUCUGUUAGGCAGAAUUUACUAGUUUCCAAUGAGGCAACAGAACCCCCUGGUGCAAGACAAGGUUUAGAUGCUUGCCAUGUGGUCACACAUAAGUGCAAUGGCAAAGGGCUGUGUAACAUUGUGGAUGAAAAUUACCAACUAUUCCUGAAAUCUGUUAGUAUAGCUGGUGACAAUUUGAUUUACAUGCCUGAAAAUGAUGUCACAGCGGUAUAUGAUGAGGAAUGUGAUCAAAGUUCCACUGAUUCUGAACCAGUUGUUCUGGAUCCUCGUCAACAUUAUGAAGACAGCCCACUCAUUUGUUCAAAAAGUUGUCACUCAUCUUUCCUCGCAAAUGAAGGGAACCAUGAAGACAACAUCUUUAUGUCCUGUGCUUUUGAUUCUUAUAGAAAAGGGCUCAUGGAAGAACUUAAAAGGCCUUUUAACCAGAAUGAGCUUGAUAAACAUCUGCAAGUAGCAUCUCAUGUAAGGCCAAAGGAGCAACAUCGAGACUUGCGCAAUGGGGUGAUGAAAGAUCGUCCGGCAGGAGGUGAUAAUAAUAAAACAUCAUAUCUUAAAAUAUACAGUGGUCUACGUAAUGCAAUUAAUCAAGUCAAGGAACCACAUAAGGUUCUGUUUCUCCUACGUGGAUUCUUUUACUGGUUGAAGCAUGUGCCCCAGGGAGGAGCAUUUCAGCCAUGGCUCGAUGCAUCCUGUUUGGAGAUGUUACAGAAUUUGUGAACAUGAGAUCUUGACGUGUAAAUCUAGGUUUUGCGUUUUUGCUAAGAUGCUGUAUCUAGAAGAAAGUUUGUUCAUCUACAAUUAUCUAAAGAAAUUAGUAUCUGUUAUGAUAUGUAUCUGAACUUGACAGAAUUGCUGGGCAAAGUUGUUCCCAUUGUAGCCCUUGGCAGUUAUAGGAUUUGACUUGAUCAUAAUUAUGCAUACAUUUAA